UUGGAAAAUCUAGCAUUUUAAUUCCCUAAUUUAAGAUCAAUAUAAAUCAAAGAAUUACAUAUUCGCAUAAAAUUAUAGAAAUUCAAUUGCGGAAUUGAAAAUCAGACUUUAUGAUUUGUAUUGGCUUUAAGAAUUUAGGUAUUAAUACAUGAUUUGCCAAAAUUACCCUUACACAGCUAAUAACUUCUUCCCUGCAAGCAAAGCCGUGCCGUCGCCGUCGCCGUCGCCACCGGUUGUUUUCUGCGGACACCACUGUUGCUCACAUUCUGUUUCAUGGUUUUUUCCCCUCUCUGGGUGAGAUGGGAAGUUAUCAAUCAUAGCAAGCGCUGUGCAUUAUAUCCUACUGCUGAUUACAGGAAAGUAUCAUGGAAGGUGCAAGACCAACUUUUAUGUUUCAAGAACCACCUAAUUGCCCUGAAAAUAGUGAACAAGUUAAAUUGGAAGUUAGUCUACCAAAUUGUUCAUUUCUCCGGACAGAAGGUCCUCGGAUGGAAAGGCUAGCCAAAGGACAGCAGUCUGUUUGUGAACUCCUUACUAAUUCAGAUUGCCAAUGCCGCGGAGCUAGUGACACUCAAGUGGAAGACCGAAAGGAAUCCGAUAGUUUCUGUGAUAGUAUUGAUGAUGAGAUAAACGAACCUUGUUUAACCUCUGAGAUUUCUGUCUCUGUUAUGGAUACAAAUGCAAGUGAAUCGCCAAUUAAUGGUAAGGAAGAAGAUUUCUUAUUUUCCGAACCCACUUGGCUCAAGGGAGAUGAAUCUGUGGCAGUGUGGGUCAAGUGGAGAGGAAAGUGGCAAGCUGGUAUCCGAUGUGCGAGGGCUGAUUGGCCAUUAUCAACCUUGAGAGCAAAACCAACUCAUGACCGGAAGAAAUAUUUUGUCAUGUUUUUCCCGCAUACAAAGAAUUAUUCCUGGGCUGAUACGCUGCUUGUUCGAUCAAUCAAUGAGUUUCCCCAGCCUAUUGCACAUAAAACUCAUAAAGCAGGAUUGAAAAUGGUAAAAGACUUGACUGUUGCUCGAAGAUUUAUAAUGCAAAAGCUAAUUAUUGACAUGCUGAACGUUGUUGAUCAGCUUCAUCCCAAUGCUUUGAUAGAAGCUGCUUGUCAUUCGAUGUUCUGGAAGGAAUUUGCUAUGGAGGCUUCUUAUUGCUCUCUCUAUUCUGAUUUUGGCGGAAUGCUUCCAAAGCUGCAAAAUAGCAUAUUACAACAAUACUUAAAUGCUGCGUGGAUGCAACAUUCUUUCCACUCUUGGGUUGGACGAUGUCAAAAUGCAAAAAGUGCUGAAUCAGUAGAGUUGCUGAAGGAGGAGUUGUUUGAUUCUAUUUUGUGGAGUGAUAUCAACCCUCAAUCGAAUGCACUUCUGCAGUCAACAUUGGGUUUUGAGUGGAAAACAUGGAAGCAUGAUGUAAUGAAAUGGUUUUCCCCAUUUCAUUCUUUAUCUGGUAGCAAGAACACAAAGCAUCUGACCUCUGACAAUCUGUAUCAACAGAGCCUUCACAUCGGUAGAAAACGGGCCAAACUUGAAGUUCGACGUGCAGAAACACAUGCUUCACUAAUGGAAACCAAGGGUUCAAUUCCUUCAGUUACACUUGAGACUGACCCAGGUGUCUUUAAUAACCAGAACACAUUGAGUACAUUAGCAACUGAGACUUCUAAAAAGGAAUGUGCAAGGGAGGUACCUAUAGCAACAACCGAAUCGCGAAGUAAUUUGGCCAAUAAAUGGAACGAGAUCAUAGUUGAGGCUGUAGGUUCAGAGAUCCUGCAUACCAAUGGACUGGGAUCAACUCCUACAAAUGAAAUGGCUAUUCAAAAAUAUGUAGAGCCUGUAACUAAGAAUCCGCAAUGCAUAGUUUAUAUUGAAGCCAAGGGAAGACAGUGUGUGAGAUCAGCAAUUGAUAAUGAUGUAUAUUGUUGCGUGCAUUCUCGUUUUCUGGGCAUCUUAGCAAAAGCUGAAAAACAUGUUUCAGUUGAUACACCAAUGUGUGAAGUUAGAACUGCUGUUGGUACUAGAUGUAAGCAUCACGCUGUUCCUGCAUCUUCAUUCUGCAAGAAACACCAACCUCAUGAUGAGACCGCAAAUUUUACACACAAUACACGGAAAAGAAAUCAUGAAAAUUAUAUUGCUUCAGAGGGCAUGUUUUGCAAAGACAUUGUAUUGGCAAAUGUCGAAGGUCCAUUGGAAGUAGACCCCAUAUCAACCAUUGGUGGUUAUUCCUUUCGUGGAGGUUUGUUAAAUGAGAAUCCCAUGCAUUCUGACAAUAAUCAUAAUGCAAUGAAGGCAGUUAACUGUGUAGGCUUUCCUCCCUUUGAUGAAAAAGAUCCUUGUUCCAAAGCUCCAAAAUGGCAUUUCUUGUACUGUGAAAAGCACCUUCCAAGUUGGCUUAAACGGGCAAGACAUGGAAAGAGUAGGAUAAUAUCAAAAGAAGUGUUUGCAGAGCUCUUGAGGAGUUGCUACUCCUGGGAACAAAACGUACAUUUGCAUAAAGCUUGUGAGCUUUUUUACAGGCUCUUCAAAAGCAUUUUGUCGCAAAAAAGCUCUGCUCCUAAGGAAGUUCAGCUGCAGUGUGCUUUGACCGAAGCCUCUAAAGAUGCAAGUGUUGGAAAAUUCUUCACAAAGUUGGUUCAUAGUGAAAAGGAGAACAUCAAGUCGAUUUGGGGAUUCAAGGAUGAUGUGGAUGUAUCCUCACUCAUAGAAGAUUCAUCUCUUUUCCUUACCACAAGUAAUGACAGCUCUGGAAAUGAAAAUGCCAUCAAGUGUAAAAUAUGCAAUGCUGAAUAUCCUGAUGACCAAACACUUAGUAACCAUUGGAUGGAGAAUCAUAAAAAGGAAGCACAGUGGUUGUUUAGAGGUUAUGCUUGUGCCAUUUGUUUGGAUUCCUUUACUAACAAGAAACUACUGGAAACCCACGUUCAGGAGAGACAUCAUGUGCAGUUCAUUGAGCAGUGCUUGCUUCUCCAAUGUAUUCCCUGUGGUUUUCAUUUUGGUAAUAUGGAAGAAUUAUGGCUGCAUGUUCUAACUGUUCACCCUGUUGAGUUUAAGUCAUCCAAAGCUCCAAGUCAACAGUCUUUCUCUACAGGCGAGCACUCUAGUGAAAAACUUGAAUAUGGAAUUUCAGCUCCCUUGGAGAAUAUGUCUGAGAAUCCAGGUGGUUUUCGGAAGUUUACUUGCAGGUUUUGUGGGUUGAAAUUUGAUCUUCUACCUGACCUUGGUCGCCAUCAUCAAGCUGCUCAUAUGGGUCACAGUGCAGCAAGUGGCCGCCCUCCAAAGAGGGGAGCUCGUUAUCAUGAGUAUAGAUUGAAAUCUGGAAUACUUAGCCGUCCUAAAUUUCGAAAGAGUUUGGCGGCAGCAUCAUAUAUGAUCAGAAGUAAGGCAACUGCUAAUUUAACGAGACGCAUUGAGGCGACAAAGUCACUUGGCAUGGAGGAAAUAACAAUACAACCUCAUUUAACUGAGACAGAUAAUUUUGGUAGAUUGGCAGAACAUCAAUGUUCCACAGUUGCAAAGAUUUUAUUUUCCGAGAGUCGGAUGACUAAACCUCGGCCUAACAAUCUUGAUAUUUUAUCAAUUGCUCGCUCUGCUUGCUGCAAAGACAGUCUUAAGGCCUCACUAGAGGAGAAAUAUGGAAUUUUGCAUGAAAGGAUCUAUUUGAAGGCAGCAAAACUUUGCAGUGACUAUGACAUUGUAGUGAACUGGCACCAGGAUGGGUUUAUUUGUCCUAGAGGCUGUAAGGUAUCAAAGGAUCAAGUGUCACUUUCUCCCUUAGCAUCUCUUUCUAAUAGGUUUGUAAGGAAAAACUCUAUAAUUUUGUCAGAUCCUGAAAGUGAUGAGUUCGAGGUGGAUGAGUAUCACUACAUCAUCAAUUCAAACCAUUUAAAGUUAGGAUCCCUGCAAAAGGCUGUUGUCUUAUGCAAUGACAUAAGCUUUGGGAAAGAAUCGAUUCCGAUGAUCUGUGUAGUUGACCAAAAUCUUCUAAAUUCACUUCGAAAUGGAUCCAACGAGCAAGAUCAGCCUUGGGAGAGCUUUACCUAUAUUUCAAAGCCAAUUCUUGAUCGAUCCCUUUCUCUUGAUUCUGAGAGUCUGCAACUAGGAUGCUCUUGUUCAUAUCCCACCUGCUUUCCUGAAUCUUGUGAUCACGUCUACCUUUUUAAUAAUGACUAUGAUAAUGCAAAAGACAUUUCAGGGAAACCAAUGCGUGGCAGGUUCCCAUACGAUGAGAAUGGUCGAAUCAUAUUAGAGGAAGGUUACCUUGUAUAUGAGUGUAAUCAAAUGUGCAGAUGCAAAAGAUCAUGUCCAAAUAGAAUACUGCAGAACGGAGUACGGGUUAAAUUGGAAGUCUUUAAAACAGAGAAAAAGGGAUGGGCAGUAAGGGCUGGUGAGGCUAUCUUGCGUGGCACAUUUGUGUGUGAGUAUAUUGGAGAGGUUAUAGAUGAGUGUGAGGCACAAAACAGACGCAAGAGAUACGGCAAAGAGCAUUGUAGUUAUUUUUUUAAUGUUGAUGCUCGUGUCAAUGACAUGAGUAGAUUGAUUGAAGGACAAGCCAGAUAUGUUAUUGAUGCUACUAGAUAUGGAAAUUUAUCCAGGUUCAUCAAUAACAGUUGCUCACCCAAUCUUGUGAAUUACCAAGUUCUUGUAGAGAGCAUGGAUUGUGAGCGCGCACAUAUUGGUCUUUAUGCGAGUCGAGAUAUUGCUUUGGGUGAAGAACUAACAUAUAAUUAUAAUUAUGAGCUAGUGCCUGGAGAAGGGUGUCCUUGCCUUUGUGGUUCUUUGAUGUGCCGAGGACGGCUUUACUAGAACCCUUAACUCCGCACUGCCGCCAAUCCCCCAACAAUAUUUCCAAAUUGCCUUGUCUUUACAUUACAAUAUUAAAAUGUGGAACCUAUGCUUGUCCAACUUCAAAAGGGUUAUAUCAUUGAGCAGUUUUGCAGUCUCCAGUUUCUCCUUCCAUCAGUUGUUAGGUCAAGUCAUUUAUGUUUUGGUAGCUUCAAGCACUCUGCUCUCUUGUGGAUUCUCUUGAAAAAUCUCCAUUUUUUUGAAAUGACCAACAAGAAAUAAAUGCCUCUGUAGUUAAAAGUUGUAUUGAUUGGCAAUUGUUGUUGCUACACCAAAACUUUC